AUGCCGGAGUUUCUCCUCUACCGCACCACGGAACGAAGAAAAACCACGAUCACCUCUAAAAGCCGAACAAAACGCGAAAACAUCUAUACAAUUCCCAACAUCCUUACCUUCACUCGACUCGUCGCCGCGCCUGCCGUAGGCUGGCUUGUGCUAAAUGACUACCCUAGAGCCGCUUUUGGUUUAUUCGCGUAUGCUGGAAUCACAGAUUUAGUGGAUGGCUGGAUCGCGCGAAAGUUUAAUAUGAAGAGUGUUGUCGGGACUGUGAUUGACCCGAUGGCGGACAAGCUGUUGAUGACGAUCUUGACGGUGACGUUGGCGAUGAAGGGAGCUUUGCCAGUAUGGCUUGCAGUUAUCAUCCUUGGCCGUGAUGUGGGUCUUGCAAUUUCGGCACUUUACUACCGGUGGAUCUCAUUACCACCACCGAAGACCAUGACCCGAUACUGGGAUUUUUCCCUUCCCAGUGCUGAAGUGCGGCCUACAACGAUUAGCAAGGUUAACACCGCUCUUCAACUUGGCCUCAUCGGUGCGACCAUGGCUGAGCCACUGAUCAUGAUGGACGUCAGUCUCGCCAUGAUGGCUUUCCAAUAUACUGUUGCGUCUACUACUGUCUGGUCUGGCUUGUCCUAUGUCUUCUCGAAUGAUGCUGUGCGGAUCUUGCCGCGGGAAGGAGAUGCUGCGACAAAGGAGGAGGAAAAGAAGUGA